AUGAAGUACCCUUUUUCUGAUUAUCGAAGGGGAUUGCAAGCAUCCCAGCUCGUCGACGGUAUUUAUAUCGUCUCCUUCGUGGGUUGCAUGAACGCUGGAAAGGAAGCUGGACUUCGGCGUCGUGCCGCGGCAGGCCGGCACGUUCAACGCCCGCCAUUAGGGGAAGUCGAAGGACCCGGCGGCCAGUUGCCCCUGCUCGAUCCGCAUGGACCUACCAUCUCCUCGCGAGCUCGAGCUCGAAACUGCUCUUCGACAACGGAACGUGCAGGUAGCCCAGCUCUCUGACGAAAUUACCCGUUUGCGAGCCUAUGUUUCCUUGUCUUCAUCUUCUCCAACGGCUCCGGAUAACACAGAUGCGACUGCAACGAGUAUACCGCCGCCGUUGAUGGCGUUGCUGCUGCCCCACAUCCAACCGGAGGCGGGGUCGGGGUCCAGCAGUGUAACCUCCGCUCUGACCCAGAGGGUCAAGUGCCUGCAGGAGGAGAACGACGAGCUGUACGAGAUCCUCAAACAGGGCGAGACGGGCCGGCUCAAGGAGGAGGUGUGCAGUCUCAGACGGGUGGUGCGAAAACUCGAAGAUGCACUUGGUGAAUCACACAAAGUCGUCCUUUCUCUCUCGACGGAGCUCGAUAAAACCUACGACGCACUCAAGCCCCAACACCACUCACCACGGAAUACCGGCAAUGCGAGUAAUGCAUACCACCGUAACGGGACGGCGUCGCCAACGCAGUCGAAACAGCCUCCGACAGGACCACGCGCCCACACACACAAGAAGCCGCGUUUAUCAGAGCCCAGACGGCGCGAGGAAAGCCGUGGACGGAGCGGUCACCACCGCAGCGGCAGCAAGAUGGACGUAGAUGAUGACCGGCGGGAUAGAGACGACCGCGACGGUAACAGGUCAAGGAAGAGCGUGCAUGUUAACCAGUCGACAGGGGGAAGCUUGGGAGGCCAUGGUCACGGUCACCACAGAGGCGGUAGUGGCGGAAGACGCACCGGCUCCAGCGAUCGGACGUUGGCAGAGCGUAUGGGAGUUCCCACUCGCUUUUGAUCAUUCGUUUCGUUUCUCUUUGUUUUUUUUUUUUAGUUUUAUGGACGGACACUCGUACAUAUACAAUCCGUAUGAAUUUGUGUGUAUUCCUAGGUCCCGCUAUCGUCGUCUUGCUAUUUGCCGUAUCACUAUCCUAUUUAC